CUCGUCGCAGAGCCGUGUGGAUCGCCGGGCCCCCGUGCCCCCCCCCCCCCACCCUCCACCGCUGCACACCACCAUGUUCGGUUUCCACCGUCCCAAAAUGUAUCGCAGCACUGACGGAUGCUGCAUCUGCAAGGCCAAGUCUUCGAGCUCUCGCUUCACGGACAGCCGGCGUUACCAGGGCGAAUUCAAGAGCUGCUUUGGGCUCACGGAGGCGCGCACUGGAGACAUCUGCAAUGCCUGCGUGCUGCUCGUCAAGAGGUGCAAGAAGCUUCCAGCGGGGUCCACUCGCAACUGGAAUCACGUGGUUGAUGCAAGGGCUGGCCCUGGGCUGAAGGUGGCAAUGAAGCCCAAAAAAAUGAAGUCCCCGUUCGUUGGACCCAAGAGUGUGGGCCAGAUUCACCGCAUCAAGCAGCAGCUCAAGAGACAAAGCUCGGAUGCGCACAGCACCGCGUCGAGUGCAUCGCCGUCGCAGUCACCCAGCUACAGCCCCCACUCGGACGAGGGCUCCGACGUGGAGCUGGGCCCCUCCAGCACGCCCGACCCAGCCCUCGCCUGCCUCGACCGCUCCUACUGGAAGAGGCAGAAGGUGUGCUGCGGCAUCGUGUACAUGGGGCUGUGCGGGGAGGUGCUCAUUGACCCGCACCUCUUUAAGCCGUGCUGCGGGGGCCGCCCCCCGGCCGUGCCGCCCCCCGCUACCCCCGUCAUCGCCGCCACCGCCAUCGCCACCGCAACUGCCAUAACCGGCAACCCAGCGGCCGCUACCGCCCUCGCCGUCAAUCCCGUAGCACCGCAGCUCCACCACGACGAGGAGGAGGACUGGUGAAACGGCAACUGCGCAAGCAACCGCCGCGCCUUCCCUGCCUCCUUCCAGUCAGAGCAUGGACUGUGGUGCGUGUGUGUUGUGUGUCGAGUGAGUGAGUGCGUGCGUGCACACGUGUUUUAUAUUUCCAAAUCGAAACGAGCAGCUGUGAGGCAUUGGGGGUGGGGUGUGCAGCCGUAGACUGUGGUGGGGAAACGUGCAAGACAACAAUAAGCCACACCGUCCGAUUAGCACGGUUGACUUCGUACGGUGCGAAAGAAGUUCAACGUACGUACAUGCAUGCAUACAAGUUAGGCGUCCGAGUAAACGAGCGGUUCACCUGCUGCUGUAUUUGCAAUGCGUUGGUUACAAUUGGCAAUCCAGAUUGUGCUGAUCAGGGUUCACCGAUUGGGCCUGCCGAUCGAUGUACAGACACAGAGAUGCUUCGUGCAGUGCAAUCUUUAAUUCACAAAGCAUUCAAAUACAAAUAUCCAGGUGCAGAGGUUUGUUAAUUUUCGUGUCUUGCCAUCGUCACCUAGAGGAAGCGUACUCGGACGUCAUUGUGAAAUUCUACAAAGUCAUCGCUUUGUUUAACAUUUUGCAUAGGUAGUGGUUUGUUUAUUGUCCACUGAAAUGGAGGCAAUGUAAGAGAAAACCUUUAAUUUGGAUUGAUAAGGAGGUCUUAAAAAAAACUCAACGCAUUCAUCAUCGGUGUGUAAACGAGUAAAUUCGUAUCGUCAUUACCUUGGUUUUUGGGAGUAAUUUUUGACAAAUGCUGUACACAAUCUGUACUGCUAACUUAUGGGGUAUUCAUUGACAUUUUGACUGCAGCCUUUCUUAGAACUACUGUGGAAAAUGUGGUACUACUGUACGAAAACGUUAAUUUUUACACGCCAGAGCGUUUCUCAAUGACAAAUCUUAUUCUCUCAAAACCCGUAUAGGGUUGUUUUAAAUUCCGAUAGAAAUUAAGACUACGCUUAGUUUAGCGCCACAUUUCCAAACGCCCCCUAAUGAGCCCUUGGAUCACAUGACCGCGCCACAUAGCCACUCACGUGUCAGUGUUGGAUUUUGUCGUGCGCGCUCAAGCUGUCUGCCAUGCUCACUCGAUUUAAAUAUCGUACGUAAUUUAUAUUUGUUAAUGCGCCACAAAUCGUGUGGAUCUGCACAGUCUAUCCAUGGAACCUCCCGGUUCAACCUUCCACGUCGCCAAUGGUCGACCAUCAACCGAAUCAGGACCUGAUGCACAAAUGGCGCAUCAAAGAUUUGGCGGCCUGCGAGUGCAGCCACGAAUCCCAAACCUUCGACCACAUCGUUAACAGCUGUUGUCCUCGCUCUAUUAAAGGAGGAAAGUACGAGAUCCACUCUGCAUCUGAACAGAAAUCUCAAGCUAAAUCUUUAAUCUGCUGCUAUUAAUCCAUUCGAAAGAAGAAUGCGAAAAUACCGGUACGCAGCUUAUCUCUAGCGGUGGUUUAAAGGUAGAUUUGAAGCUUUCGUGACUGCAAGGAUUCAUACUCUUAGGUUUUUUUCGGUAAAGUCACGUAGGUUAAUAAUAAUAAAAUAAUGAAAAUAACUCGAUUAAAUUACGACCUU